UCCGUUUCUCUCCUCAAGAGUCUUUUGGUCGCACCUUUUGCUCCGUACAAAAAUGGUGCUGCGGGCAUCAACCGUCAAUGCUUUGUUGCAUCUUUCAAGCUGUCCAAAUGGCGGUUGCAGCAUGCCGGAGACUAGAGCUUUUUUUCAUGUAGGAAGCUAUAAUCCUGAAUCACCGAUUAGAUUGAAUUUAUCAGGAUCGGCACCGUUACAUUGUCCGGCGAUUAAACUCCAUUGCUUUAAACCGGAUUCCGAAGAAAAUGCUGUCGCUGGUUCAACUGAGGGGGGAAAAGGUGAUUUAGGAUCAAAGGAACCGAGCGGUGGCAAUAAUGGAGGCGGGGAUGAUGGUAGUAGUACUGGUGGUGGUGGAGGCGGCGAAGGCGGCGGUGAUGAAGACGAGCACGAGGAGACAGAAUUCGGGCCGCUAUUGAAGUUUGAAGACGUGAUGAAAGAGGCGGAAGCAAAAGGUGUAUCGCUGCCUUCCGAUAUGAUGGAGGCCGCAAAAAGCACGGGAAUCCGGGAAUUGUUUCUCAGCCGUUACUUGGAAUUGCAGGGAUCAGUUUGGCCACUAGGCUUUCUAAUGAGAUACUGUUCUAUGCUCCGAAAUCGAAUGCUGGCAGAUCCAUCAUUUCUUUUUAAAGUUGGAAUAGAGAUAGUAAUUGACUCCUGUUGCGCAACAUUUGCGGAAGUACAGAAAAGGGGAAAGGAUUUCUGGUCAGAGUUUGAGCUGUUCCUUGCUGAUCUUUUGGUUGGUGUAGUGGUUGACGUUGCUUUGGUUGGUAUGUUAGCACCUUAUGCUCGUUUUGGGCAGCCAUCUGUAUCCAGAGGUUUAUUUGGGCGCAUACAACAUGCUUGUGCCACUCUUCCUAGCAGUGUUUUUGAAGCUGAAAGGCCAGGAUGCAAAUUCUCUGUCAAACAGCGAAUUGGAACAUACUUUUACAAGGGUGUAUUAUAUGGUUCAGUAGGGUUCACUUGUGGUCUUAUUGGCCAGGGCAUUGCAAAUAUGAUAAUGACCGCCAAAAGGAGCAUAAAGAAAUCUGAGGAUGACAUUCCUGUGCCACCCCUUGUGCAGAGUGCUGCUCUUUGGGGUGUUUUCCUUGCGGCAUCUUCCAACACUCGUUAUCAAAUCAUUAAUGGCUUGGAACGCCUGGUGGAAACAUCCCCUUUAGCAAAGAACAUCCCACCUGUUGCAAUGGCCUUCACAGUAGGUGUGCGGUUUGCCAACAACAUUUAUGGUGGUAUGCAAUUCGUAGAUUGGGCAAAAUGGAGUGGAGUGCAGUAGCACCAAUGUAAUCUCUCCUGACUGUUGUGUCUGCUUGGCUGCUCCUGGAAUUGGUUGAUAUACAAUAGUGCCCUAGUGCCCUAUUUGUCUUGGUAACAAAGGUUGAAUUAGUCCUUGGUUUUGAACUGCUGAUUCCACAGGAAAACAGUGUUAAAACCAGAUUUUUAUUUUGUUCUCAAAGCUAAAUUCUUCUUAGAUUAAUCUGAUCGUAGCGAAACAGAUCUUUUAAACUAACAUGUUGAAAUAUUGAGCAUAAUUUUUAAUUUAUAAAUUGCGGUAUGAAUU